GUCAGUUCUCAGUGCUUCUAGCUACGAUUCCUCCGUGCUCAUCAGCCGUGUCAGCCAGUUGCUGAUUUUUGUAGUCCGGCCAAGACACCGACGCCAGACACGGCUACAUCUUCAUCCGACGAGGUUCUACACUGAUCCCCAGCACCGGUACCGGCAGAUAUACCGUCGACUCCAGCGCAACCUGGUUCGUCAACUGGCAGCGCCGCACGUCGAAGUCGAACGACACUCCCCUCUGACCUCGGACGACGAGGAGUCAGAUAGAUUGUCAGACAGUUCGUCCGACUCCGACUAAGCCACAAUUUCUUUUUCUCUAUCCCCUUACCUUCAACGACCAGCACCACAAUGGCCGGCAACGGUCAAGGCUGGAACCCGCGCUGGGGCUGGGACGCACCGUCCAACAGCGCCUCUCCCUUUGGCGUCGGCGGCCACGGCGGCAUGCCAUACGCAACAUCAUACCCAGGAGCUGCAUACUACGGCAUGCCUACCGGCGCCCAGCACCACCCAGGCGCCGGGGCCCAAGGCCCGACCUACGUGAUCCCGCAGACGGGCCAACAACCGCCACUACCCGUCUUCCCCAACCAGCCCGGCGGCAGCCGCCUCCCGAACCCGCACCCGGUGGUAAGCUACGAGACCCCCGCGCUCAACAUGACCAACUCGACGGGCGGCGUGGGCUGCGAGCCGGGCUACAACUACUACUUCCCCGCGCUGCACACCAAGAUCCACGUCAUCAAGUCCGAGUCGCCGCCCUGGCGCCUCCCCGCGGGCAUGUCGAUGCACUUUGGCGCGUACCAUGUCCCCACCAACACGACGGUCGCCGAGCUGCUCAAGGGGUUCGGCGCGACCAAUGCCUCGGCCAAGAAGAACCGCGUGACCGAGGUCGUGCAGGGCGGGAACGGGAAGUGGUACAAGGGCCUGACGAUCUCGGGGGACGACAAGGACGACCUGAAGAAGGCGCUCAAGGAGUUUGGCUGGGAUCAUACCCGGACGGGGAGGGCUGGGGAGAAGCCGGUUGUGUGGUUGUGGAUUACGCGGGAUUGAAGCUGCGGUGGAGUGGUGGUGGUGGUGACGAUGUUGAUCAUGAUGGUGGUGGAGAAGGAAUGGCAGGUUGAUGUUUACUGUAGCCAAGGGUUGUUUGCAGUCCUUUUGGCGUUUCUAAUUAUCACCUGUGCCGGGAUUAUUGCGCAUAGCGAUAGACGGAAGUUGAAGCAAGGGAAUGUGGCCAUCUAUAUCCUCGUAGUUUUGCUUUUGGCAUGCGCUUUGUGUUUCCUUUUAGUCCAGCAAGCGAAUUUAUUUUUGAUUGACAUGUCUGGUGACGUCUUCUCAGUGGUGGUUUCUCUUCGAUCUCAGUG